AUGGGCUGCUGCAGCUCCGCCGCGCAGAGUUCCAAGCGAGAGUGGAAACCAUUGGAAGAACACAGCUGCACAGAUGUGCCAUGGCUACUUCUAUUUAUCAUCUUCUGCAUAGGAAUGGGUUUUAUUUGUGGCUAUUCAAUAGCUACAGGAGCAGCUGCAAGACUGCUGUCAGGAUAUGACAGUUAUGGAAAUAUCUGUGGACAGAAAAAUGCCAAGGUAGAGGGAAUAGUCAACAGUGGUUUGGACCUCACACAUAAGAAGUAUGUGUUCUUCCUGGAUCCAUGCAAUGUUGAUUUAGUACAUCGGAAGAUCAAGUCUCUUGCUCUGUGUGUGWCAGCCUGCCCAAGGAAAGAACUAAAAACUUUGGCCGAUGUUCAGAAAUUUGCAGAAACUAAUGGAUCUACUCUCUGCAGCUAUGAACUACAGCCAUCCGAAUACACUACAGACCCAAGGGCUGCCAAGCUAUGUCCUAAGUACCCCGUUCCAGAGAGUGCACCUAUUCCAUUCUUCCAUCGCUGUGCUCCUGUGAACAUUUCCUGCUAUGCCAAGUUUGCAGAGGCCCUGAUCACCUUUGUCAGUGACAGUAGUGUCUUACACAGGCUGAUUAGUGGAGUUAUGACCAGCAAAGAGAUUAUAAUGGGACUUUGCUUGUUAUCACUAGUGCUGUCCAUGAUUUUGAUGGUUAUAAUCAGAUACAUUUCAAGAGUGCUUGUCUGGAUUCUAACAAUUCUAGUCAUUCUGGGAUCACUUGGUGGAACAGGAGUCCUGUGGUGGCUCUAUGCUAAGCAACGAGCAUCUGCCAGUGCUGAUGAGACUCAAAUAGCCAAAGAUAAUCUUCAGGCUCUUCUGAUCUAUGCCAUUUCAGCAACAGUCUUCACGGUUAUCUUGUUCCUGAUAAUGUUAAUUAUGCGCAAACGAGUAGCUCUCACCAUUGCCUUGUUCCAUGUGGCCGGCAAGGUCUUCAUUCACCUGCCACUACUAGUCUUCCAGCCAUUUUGGACAUUCUUUGCUCUUAUCCUCUUCUGGGCAUACUGGAUCACUGUCCUGCUUUUCCUUGGUACUACAGGUAAUCCAGUCCCAAAUGAAGAAGGAUUUGUUGAAUUUCGGGUGGUAGGCCCUUUGAAAUACAUGUGGUGGUACCAUGUGGUGGGGCUGAUCUGGAUCAGUGAGUUCAUCCUAGCCUGUCAGCAGAUGACUGUAGCAGGGGCUGUUGUGACGUACUAUUUUACAAGGGAGAAAAGGAAUCUGCCAUUUACUCCUAUUCUGGCAUCUGUUAAUCGCCUUAUUUGUUACCACUUAGGAACAGUGGCAAAGGGGUCUUUCAUUAUCACUCUAGUGAAGAUACCACGAAUGAUACUUAUGUAUAUUCAUACACAACUCAAAGGAAAAGAAAAUGCCUGUGCUCGCUGUAUGCUGAAAGCCUGCAUUUGCUGCCUUUGGUGUCUAGAAAAGUGCCUGACCUACUUAAAUCAGAACGCAUAUACAGCCACAGCUAUCAACAGUACCAACUUCUGCACCUCAGCAAAGGAUGCUUUUGUCAUUCUAGUGGAGAACGCGUUGCGAGUGGCUGCCAUAAACACGGUGGGAGAUUUCAUGCUCUUCUUAGGAAAGGUCCUGAUUGUCUGUAGUACAGGUCUGGCAGGGAUUAUGUUGCUGAACUAUCAACGAGAUUACACCAUCUGGGUGCUGCCUCUCAUCAUUGUCUGCCUGUUUGCUUUCCUGGUUGCUCACUGCUUCCUUUCCAUUUACGAAAUGGUUGUUGAUGUCCUCUUCUUAUGUUUCGCUGUUGAUACAAAAUACAAUGAUGGAAGCCCUGGAAGGGAAUUCUACAUGGAUAAAGUUCUCAUGGAGUUUGUGGAGAAUAGUAGAAAAUCUAUGAAAGAAGCUGGCCGRGGAGGUGGAGCUGAGGGCAGAGAGCUAAAACCAAUGGCCUCUGGAGCAAGUUCAUCUUGAAACUAGCCAGCCAUUAUGGAACCCAUUGACAUUCCAAAACAGUAUAUAUAAACAUAUAAACACACACACACACACAUAUAUAUAUAUAAACAGCCAAAAUCAGAGAAAAGGAACAGGGAUUUAAUACUUUUUUUAACAAUUAUUUUUGUGAAACAUGUACUCUUUUCAUACGGGUGGCUUUUACAAGCAGCUUUAUCAUUGUUCCAUUUUUUCUUUUCUUUUUCAAUUAUUCAUUGUGGUCAUAGAACUGUUGAUUCUUAUCUGCUUGAUAUUUUAUAAUCUAGAGGAGGUAUCAUUGUAAAGAUAAAUGAUGAUUGAGUUUAGAGAAUCAAGUAUGCGAUUUCCUGUGAAACCACAAAUGUGCUGAGAAUUUUGCUUGAUUUGUUUAAAUUUACACUAAAUACAGGACAAUUAUGAGUAAAACCUUCCAAUUAAAAAAAAGAAUCAAAUUUAGUUUUUUAAAAGGUGGUUUCAGUGAGAGCUAAUUCAGUUCUGAUUUGUGAGCAGACAUUUUACCUUAGAGCCCUGAUGGGGCACAGUGGGAGACAUGUAGUUUUGUUUCAGUAUCAGAUAUCACAAUAACCAACCUCUCAGGUAUUCAGAUGUGUGGGAGCCCAUGCUUACAGAAACCAGAAUAUGGGGAAGGAUGACUUUUAUAUGCAAUUUUUUCCUGUUUUACCUUACUUUCUCCUCUCCCCCUCGCCCUAAUGUCAGUCACCUCCUUUGCACUUCAGCAGUGCUCCUUUGAAGGGUAUGGAUUUUCCAUGUGAGCAGUUGAACUAACAGUUUAUUAAAGCUCAGUCUUAGCCAUACUCAUGAUUAAAUCAUGACUAUAUGUAAGAAUAUUGGGGAUAGGAAGAGACAUGAACUCUCUUACUGUACAAAAAAGUAAGUACUGUAUAUGCUUUAUUUCAUCUAAUGCUGCAGAGCUUUGGGAGGUGGAAGGGACCAUUCCUUGCCUGUUUCUUCAUUCAUGUUUGUAUGUACUGUAGCAGGUGGGUAAAACAGGAAAGGGCAGAAAAACAUUUCUUUGAAAGUGUCACUGCCAGAAUAUUUACCUAAAGUUAUCACAUAACCACAAGGGGAUAUACUCUUUUUUAUUUGUAGAAAUUUACAUUUAUUUUCACUACGGAAACUCACCAGAUAUGAAUGCUAAUAUUCAAUUGUUCAGUGUAUUGUAACAGUAAAUGCUUACAAGUGUAUUUGCUAAGAACUCAUGAUCUGUCUAUGCUAUAUACUCCUUUUGUUACAAUUUUUUUAAGAAAACUAUUUUUGUUAAUGUAAAGUUAAUAUUUCAGAGCGGAAUUUUUAAACUUAUUGCACUAAAUAUAAGCUCUGUACAAAUAAAUAAUGCCUCAAUGGUUUGAUCACUCCAUUCAAGAAAUUUUUUUGAAAGAGAAAAGCCCUAUUACGGUAACUUUGCAAGAAAAAUGGGGAGGUAUGUCUUGGACAGGAAUAUACCACUCAUGUCAUCAGGGUUUAGUUUUAAUAACUUUAAUGUGCUUCCUUUCAGAGGACUUUACUUCUGAACUGGUAGUUUGGGGAUUUUUUGAUCAUGUAACUAACUAGUCAGUGCUUUUGGCAAUAGUGAAAUAUUUCACUUUUGCUUCUGUAGGUAAUUUGGUACUUAAACUCAUUUAGGUUUCCUUCAAUAAGUCAAUCAAAAGGAUUUACUCCUUUCCUAUCACAGAAACUAAAUUCUUCCAAAAAUACUGAAAGUGAAAAUGCUGCUUUCAUAAAUGAUAACUAAGGGAGAAGCAAAAAGACUUAAGAUCUAAUCCUUAAAGCACUUAGGCACUUGUUGCACUUACAUGAGGAGACUGUAUGGAGCUUAUGCAGGUUACACCUCUGCUUAAGUGUUACCUGGACUAGGAUUUAGAUUUGAGAGCUGAUGGGGCCUCUCAGUGCAAAUUAAUUGUCAGGCUACCUAAAAGGAGCCCUGGAGCAGCCUUUAGUUUGUGGAGAGAAGGCAUUUUUGCUGCACUAUGGCCUGCGAGCAGAGUGGCCACUCCACACGGAACAUCUGUGUAGAUCGAUGAGGUUUGGCAACACAAGUUAAAUAUGGCUCAGAGGAAUCCUAGGAAUAGGAUAUCAAGGCUAAGAGACUUAAUAUGUUCCCAUUUGCUCCAGCGUAACCAUAGUUAUUGAAGAAGCUGUUGAAACUUUGGAUUCUGCACAUUUUUGACAUCAUGUUUCUGCCAUGACACCUUCCACAGGCUUGUGCUCUUUGCUCAUUGCAAGUCCUGGAUGGGGGCUUUUCUCUGAAUUCAUAAUAGGACUGCAAUUGGAAACAAAUUUUGUAUUUUUGUAUGACUCGACUGUGCACCAGUUUUAUAAUAGUUUAUCCUGUUUUACAAAUAAAUUUGCUUUAUUGACAUAGUGUUUAAAAGAUAUAGGCAACGCUUUUCUAUGGGUAGCUGUAAUGUUGGAGUGAUAUAUAUAUAUAUAUCAUUAUGAAGUUUUUAAUAAAAUCUUGUUCUGUUCUUGAGCAUAUACCUGGCAUGUAGAGCUUGUCAGUUACAAACUGGCCAUACYAAAAUGUCAUUUUAGUGGCCCUUCAAAGCUUUUGGAUGCUCCUUGUAGCUUAUUUUCAACAAAAAUGCAGGCUACCUUCUUCCAGCCCUGUCUCAUGGGAGGAGAUAAGUUGAAAAACGAAGUCCAAAGAGGGAAUUUUUCAGGAUAAAUUUAAACAAUUCUUUCAUUUCCUUUGGUAAUGGGGAUAGUAGAAUAGAAGAACACUUCGAAUGUAGAUCCCUGUUUGGCAGUAGAGGCGCUGGGAGCUGCUGGGGGUGGCGGACUAAAUAUUUCACAUGCCAGCUGACGUUGUAGGCAAGUGUAUGGGCCGCUUUGUGGGCAGCUCUGUCUGGGAAGUAAUGCUGAUUCUGCAUUGGGAGUAGCACCGCAGAGGGUGUAAAUGGGACAGCUAAGCUUGAGGAAUUGUCUCCUUGGAAGGUGCACUGAUCUGAGCAGCGGGUGAGGGCUAGUGGUUCAGUGGGACCCAAAAAUGAGCCGAGUUGGUUACCAGCUCCUGCAGUCAGUCUGGAUCACAGGCUCCAGUCAGUUAGAUGUCAAAGCAGAGCAAAUACACCAUUUCAAAAAUUCUCAGAUUUUAUUUUGCGUGCUAUUUUUUCUUCCACGUUACUCACAAGCUGACCGGUGUGAGGUUUUAGUUUCUUCCAGCCCUCAGGAAGCUUCGUCCCACUCAUGGCUUUCAUGUCCAUUCCACCCUUCCCUGCAAAGGAGCCUCAAGCGGCAGAGUAUCUGCCCUCCUUUUCCRAGCCGAUCCCGGCAUGCGCCUCACACCUUCCUGUGGCAACAUUCAGGAUGUUGCGAGGCUGAGCUGUGACCUGGCUGUGCUAGGAGAGCAGGCCCUCACUCCCACGGGCAGGCUAAGCACGUCAGCAGCAGGGACCGAGGUUUACACGUGGCCUUACCUUGGCUGGAGACUCCUCAUGAGUCUGCCUUAGGAAAGYGUGACCCAGAAGGGAGAACACUGGAGAGCCCUGUCGGAGGCGCAGCUACCCAGCAGCUAACCCAAGAGCGAGUCAUUCCCCACAUUCCCUUCGGUACCUUCUCAGGGUGGUCACUCCUUUCCCAAAGGGCUUUUCCUACAGCAAGCUCCAGGGAGCAAGCUGGCUCUUACUCUUCCAGCAGAAAAUGGGGAUGCCAAGCAGAGACAAGCCCUGCUUGAACGAGCCAGUGCUUGAGACAGUAUGUUUGAUGUGGCCUCAUGACAUGCACUUUAGUGGUUUGCUCUGAAUGGUUAUAAUGUCUUCUGUGAAUGUACAUCAUGAAGUCAGAAUAAAAUGCUUGCAGCAGACAUAUAUACGCCUAACCAUGAAGCAGUGAUCGUUUGUUUCUUGAUGUAUAUUACAUGCUGUAUUGAAUAUGACACCGUGAUUUAAGAAUUACUCUUAAUAAGGUUUUAAAAUAGGUACUACUAAGCAUCCUUGUACAGAUACAAUUUUCUAAACUUAAACAUGUCAAGUCUAUGGCUUCCUGAACAGUUUGGUUGCGUGUUACAUUAUCACCACAGAAAUCUUUUUUUCAUCUUUGUGAGGAAAAAACUUUAAAAAUCUGUUCCCCGGACAAAACCCAAAAGACUUGUUGAAGCACUGCUUGCACUCAGCUUGGUUCUUGGUGUUGACAGAAGUCUACUCUAAAUAUUUUUAAAUGCUAUUUCAACUAUUUCACUUCUGCUCUUGAUGCCAUCAUGUAACACCAGAGAUCAUAAAGGCUAGUAAAUCUGUAUUUCUUGUGCUCUGAUCAAAUUACAGAUCUCAAGAUUUUACAUAUAAACAUAUAUGUAUAAAUACUUAGAUCAAAGAAGAGAUGCAACCUGUCUCCUGUGAUGUGGGUGUUGUGUAUGGAAGGCAGAAUUUCUGUUCUAGAACAGAGCUGUGAUGUGGCUUGCAGUGUUUGCAAGCUGAUGCAAUCAAGCCAAAUCUCUCCAAUGAUUUCAGAAUUAGGAAACUAUUUCUAGUAACGAUAAAUCACAUGAAUACUUCUGAAAACAUCUAUUUGACAGAGGUCUGUUGGAACUAGCAGAAAAAAUUGGAAAAACACCAUCAGAUCCUAUUCACUUGCCUCACUGUAGCAGUCAAAUGAUGUGUGAAUAGGCCAAGCAGGGCUUGAUACUUGAAGUGYUUGGUACUGUUUUGCAGAAACACGGCCCUAUAAUUAGACCAAAGUGACCAGGGUUCAGAGCAAAAGCACCAGUUAAGUUUAACAGUUAAGCUUUAGCCACUUCCAUAUGGUUAAAGACAAUUUCAGCUUUUCUUCAUUGACAGGUAAGUAUUUCAGAACAGUUUUAUGAGAUUAGGGUACUGAAUACUGUGGGAAUUAGCAAAUUGGGAGCCGACUCAGAUUCUUAAUUUUAACKCUGCGAUGAAAGCUGGGCUCCCUGCUCAGCGUGAGGAGGUGCCCCUCAGAGGGCAAAAUGAGCAGGCGAGUGC